GCCAGCAGCGUGCUGGGUUUGGUGGGCCCGUGACAAAGUUUCACCUGCUUGGGUGGCUUGUCCUGGUGGCCCAGCGGGUCAGGCUCCCUGCCCUGCUGCAGAAAUCCUGCUGGGAUCUCCCUGCCCAUGGCAAGGAGGGGUGCAACUAGACCAUCUUCAAGGUCCCCUUCCAACCCAGACCAUUCUGUGAUUCACUGCUCUGCCUCUCGAGACCAUCUCAAAAAUAAUUUCCCUGAAUCAUGUCUCGGGAGAACGAUGUUGCAGCUCCUUGCAGACGGAUGUUUGUGCUGCUCAUCCCUUCCUUAGGCUUUGUUUUCCGUGUGUACAAACACGUCGGGAUGUGUUUGGUGUGUGACUGUUCAGGAUGUGCCCCGAAGGCGUUGGAGUGGCACUGGAAUUUCAUUAGCAUGCCAUUAGUGAUGUCGUUCUCCUGAAGGGUCUCUUCUCCUGGAAGGCUCACAGCACAGGGGAUGGAAAUAUUUUCCGUGCUCUCUUUUCACCCAUCAGCUGGAAAUAUUUUCCAUGCUGUUUUCAGUGUCCUCUUUUCACCCAUCAGCUGGAAAUAUUUUCUGUGCUGGUGUCAGUGUCCUCUUUUCACCCAUCAGCUGCAGCAGCUCUAUUUCAGCUUGGGCUUGCUGCUGAAAGCAACCCAAGAGGAGAGGAGGGGGGAGAGUGGGGCUGGCAGGGGGCACACAGCAGAGCUGUGGGGGAAUGGUCUGUGUGAUGUGCACUGUGACACCUGGGGAGCCCUGAGCCCUUCACAGGGCUCAGUUUGCCACAGGAUGUGCAGCAGUGAUGUGACUCUGCCACAACCCUGGCAUCAGGCAAGGUUUUCUCCACCAUGGCCUUGAAGAAAAUGCCCCGUGCUUUGUUCAGAAAGCUGCUGUGAACCCAGCCCGAGGAGAAGCAGGGCACGGCAGACGCUGGCCUGCCCUGGAAUCAGUCUCAAGUCAGGGUCAUGCCCCUCUUUCCAGACACUUCCCAGUGCUGCUUCCAGCUUGGGAAUCCCAGCGCAGGAAGAUGUGGAGCUGCUGGGGAGAUCAGAGAGAUGGAACAGCCCUGCUGGGAGGAAAGGCUGGCAGAGUUGGGAUUGUUCACCUGGAGAGGAGAAGCUUUGGGGUGACCUCAUUGUGACCUUGCAGUACUUGCAGGGAGACAGAUGGAGAGGGACUGGUUCCAAGGGCCUGGAGUGACAGGGCAAGGGGGAAUGGCUUCAAAGUGUCAGAGAGUGGCUUCAGACUGGAUAUUGAGUUCUGGACUGCUCUCACACUGGAGCUGAAAACACCAUUUUUUGCCUCUAAGGCCUCGUGGGAGGGGCAGAAGUGACAAGUCCAGAAGUGACAAGUCCAGAAGUGACAAAUCCAAAAGUCACCUUUUGCAGCCCAGAAUUGUCCUGGAAGAGCACGUGGGAAGUCCAAGAAGGGAGCAUGGACCAGCCCAGUGGAAGGAGUUUCAUGCAAGUUCUGUGUGAGAAAUACAGCCCUGAGAACUUCCCCUACCGCCGUGGGCCUGGCAUGGGGGUGCACGUCCCAGCAACUCCACAGGGCUCACCUAUGAAAGACCGCCUGAACCUGCCCAGUGUGCUGGUGCUCAACAGCUGUGGCAUCACCUGUGCCGGGGACGAGAACGAGAUCGCCGCCUUCUGCGCCCACGUCUUUGAGCUCGACCUCUCCGACAACAAACUGGAAGACUGGCACGAGGUCAGUAAAAUUGUGUCCAACGUCCCCCACUUGGAGUUUCUAAACCUGAGUUCCAACCCUCUCAGUUUGUCCGUUUUAGAGAGAAGUUGCGCUGGGUCUUUCGCUGGCGUCCGCAAACUUGUGCUCAACAACAGCAAAGCUUCCUGGGAAACAGUGCACACCAUCCUGCAGGAAUUACCAGACUUGGAGGAACUCUUCCUGUGCCUUAACGACUACGAAACAGUGUCUUGUUCUCCAGUAUGCUGUCAGUCUCUCAAGCUACUCCACAUAACUGACAAUAAUCUUCAAGACUGGACUGAGAUUCGAAAGUUGGGAAUUAUGUUUCCAUCACUGGACACACUUAUCCUGGCUAACAACAACCUCACCACCAUUGAAGAGUCAGAAGAUUCCCUGGCAAGGCUCUUCCCCAACCUAAGAUCCAUCAACUUGCACAAGUCAGGUCUGCAUUGCUGGGAAGACAUUGACAAGUUAAAUUCUUUCCCGAAGCUCGAGGAAGUGAAAUUGCUGGGAAUUCCUCUGCUGCAGUCUUACACCACCGAGGAACGCAGGAAGCUGCUAAUAGCCAGGUUGCCAUCCAUCACCAAGCUCAACGGCAGCAUCGUGGCCGACGGCGAGCGGGAGGACUCGGAGCGCUUCUUCAUCCGCUAUUACAUGGAGUUCCCCGAGGAGGAGGUCCCCUUCAGGUAUCACGAGCUGGUCACCAAGUACGGGAAGCUGGAGCCCUUGGCUGUGGUGGAUCUGCGGCCUCAGAGCAGCGCCAAGGUGGAGGUUCACUUCCAGGACAAGGUGGAGGAGAUGUCCAUCCGCCUCGACCAGACUGUGGCAGAGCUGAAGAAGCACUUAAAAACUGUGGUGCAGCUGUCCACAAGCAACAUGCUGCUCUUCUACUUGGACCAGGAAGCUCCUUUUGGUCCCGAGGAGAUGAAAUACAGCUCGCGGGCGCUGCAUUCCUACGGCAUCCGGGAUGGGGAUAAAAUUUACGUGGAGCCCAGAAUGAAAUAGCCUUUUUGCCCACACCCACACGCCCCCACACACCCACACACAUGCAUUGAGGAGUUUUUUGCAAGGUUUUUAUUUCGGUUGGUUGGUUGAGGUUUGGUUGUGUUUCUGUAGCAGGUAAUUUCUUAGCCCGGAGGAAGUGCCCUGAUCUGAGAACCAUGCCCACCAUCCACUGCAGGUGACCUUGAGGUGACAAUUGACUUCAGGACGUGUGUUUCAGUGUGGGCAAUACCUUGAUGUUUCCUUUGAUGCUCCGGUAUACUCGUGAUUUGGCAUGAAUGGUCAGUUGUUCAAGCUAAACAAUGCCAGGGUCCAUAAGGGAGGAGACAGCUCGGUGCAGAAUUUGACCUGUUGUUUUCUUUUCCUAAAUUUUUUGGUGUUUUGCUCCACCAGAUCUCCCUUUGCCCUAGCUAUCCAACUGUGGCUCGAGCUUGCUGUAGUAUUUUCUUGCAGCUUGGUGCUGUCUCAACCUUUUGUUGUGCUCGAGUUCACAGGAAAGAUCUCCAUCAGUAUUCUGCUUGAUUCAGAGCUCAGGUACUUUAGUGCAUCCACUUCACUCCACUGGUUUGCUUUCUGUGAGUGCACAACAUGGGGGAAAGAAAAAGAACUACCCAGAAAGAAACUUUCUUUUCAAACUGCACGCUCUACAUCCACCUGAUUUUGGGGGGAAAAAAAGAGGUUUUGGCUGCUGUACCCAUCUCUCAUGGUGCCUGCAGCCUGUGGGGAUAAAGCGUGUGUUGGAAAGUGAAUUUUGGGAGGUGGUGGAUGAGCGCUGCAUUGGAAGGGCUUUUGGAACAACAGGUCAACAAGGGGUUGAAGAGCAGCUUGUCCUGUUGUCCAUCCUGAUGCUGAAGAGAUCCUCCGUGCACUUCACCUUGUACCAGUGGGCGCUGCAAGUGGAAUGGCUAAAAUUCCUCUCCUGGGAGAGAGGAAGAGUCAAGUUGAAGUUUGUGUUCGUUGCUGUUGCACCAGUUCAAACCUAGCACUUUCCCCGGGGCCCCUGGCCGGGGGUCCCUGCGUAGGGUCCGAACUCGGAGGAUGUGUUGGCUCGGAUCAGCCUCUGGAAGGGGAGGAACAAAGCAGCUGGACUCUCGUUGGGUGUUCAGAGGUUUCACUCUCUCUCUCUCUCUCUUGGCUUCCCCCACGCGCCCCUCGUAGGCAUCGCGUGCUGCUGCUUCACGUAGGCCCUGUUUUCUACUGCAGAGCAGAUUCCCCUGCCUGGUCAGUGAAAUCCUCCUUCCUGUUUCUCUCUCUUGUUUCGCUUUCCUGUGUCUUCCCCGCUCCAAGUUCAAGACUUUCCCAAUUUCCUGGUUACAAGCAGCUGCUCAGCAGUUUUUGGAGCUGUGCAGCGAGGGCUCUAGUUACACAUGAACUCCUGACCUUCAUUUUGAAAUGCUCCCUUUAUCCCCACGUGCACUUUCUUUCCCAGGAUGCUUUUUCCCACAUCACCGAGCUCCUUUGGUAUUCUUGGAGUUGUGUAUUUCUCUUCACAUUUUACCUGGAUUGUGGGGUGGGAUCAUUGGGGAGGGGGACAAAGUAUUAUUAUCUCAUAGUCUUCAGGUUUAGGAUUUGGGGAUUGUUCAGAGGGGAUUAGUUCCUUAUCCAAAGCAAGGGUUAAAACGGGAGGAUUUAAAACAAGUUACUAAUUUAUGCCUCAUCCCCCUGCCAAAAAUAGCAAUUUCUUGGCCCCGUUGAGAUGAGCAAUAGGGAAGGGAGUGAGAUUUUCCAUAGGUAGCAUAGGUUUUCCGUAGAUCUGUGGUAUCUGUAAACUAAACAGCAGGGAGAUAGUGGCAGUAUAACAUAAAAUGAUGCUUUUAUAAGCUAGAGCUUUACUGAAGAUGUAUUUUCAUUUGGGCAGUGAAAAUAAUUUGCUGUCUGAUAGCAGAACCUUUAAGCCAACACUUCUGUAUGAUAUAUACAUACCUACCAAUAGGAAAAGUUGUGGUUAAUAAGAUAUUUUGUUAUAAAGCAAAGUUUUAUGAAGAUAUGGUUGUUUAAUAUUAGAAGCCUAUUUCAGCCCUUGACCUCCAGUGUAAGUAGGUUUUCCCUGAGUGGCUGCAGAGUCCGAGGCAAGCGACCUAUGGGGAUGCAAAAGUUUCUCUGACCCAAUUCUCCAGAGCAGUAAUUGCCUCUGUGGGUGUAUUUAUGGCAUUGCACCUGCUAUUCCUGAGAUGCUGUAACUCUUGACCAACUUCCUCAGCACAAUUAAGUGUCUGGGUUUCAGAGAAGGGAAUAAACAAAGGCCAUUAAAGAGUGGAAUGGGAUGAUAAAGAACAGCCAAGUACGUGCUUUUAAGUUUGUUUGCCCACUAAAAAUUGGGCUGUCCAUGGAGGGAUCGGUGCUGUCACCAGCUCAGAACUGGCAGUAAAUCCUGCUUUCAUUUGUGACAGACCUGGUGGGAACUGGAAGAUGGAAAAAGAGAACACAGAAGGUUAACAGGUGCUGGGGAUUUGGUGCUGACACCCAAACCUGCUCCCCUAGUCCGUUCAGGGUAUGAAAUCACCACCCUGCCACUCCUCCAGGGGAAGGUUUUUCUUGAGGCAUUCACCUUGUGUGCAGAUAGUGGAGCAGUCGUGGGGUAGAAACCAAAAGUCUUGGUUGGCUUCCCAAGGAGAAGGACUCACACCCAAAAGCCAGAGAGAGUUUGUGUGUGCAGAUGAUCAGCUGUGGGAAGUGGGACCAAACAGCACACAGGGAUGUGGCAAAAUACCCCAAAUCAUGAUACCUUGUGGGGAAGGGUCUUGUGUGUGUGCCACCCAACAGGGGACCAUGUCUUGGGGAGAGAGGAGAAGGUUCUGAGUGGGAGAGGAGGUUUGGGUGCUGAUCGAGGGUGCAGAUGUGGCAGGAGGUUUGAUUUAAACCUCUGCCAUGUCAGAUGGGGCCGUGUCCAGGCAUUGCCAGCACGUGCCCUCUUCAGCUAAAGGUCCCUGGGUCUGUCACAUCCGCUGAGAAAACAAAAUAGAUGUGCAAACUUCCCUGGCUUGUGUGUCCUUCUGUCUGAGGGCACUUUUGUUGUGUUGUUCCUGCUAGUUCAUGCAUCAAAGUCUGCCACGGGCAGCCUGGGCAGAGCACCUGCUCCACGAGGACUUGGGUGACAGCUGUAUACCAAAGUGCCACACGGCUCCGUGUGCCCAGUUCGAUGCUGUGCUUUGUGUUUUUGGAGAUGUUCCUGUUCAAUAUCCGUGUUUUUGGCCAGAUGUUCCAGGCAGAUUGCUGUUAUGAAUAUGCACAGGGUGCUGGCUGUCCUCUGCUCCCGGGCUGGGAUUUGUAACCUCGAUUUUGGGAGCUGCAGGCAUGCUGGUGGCAGGUGUGACCCGUGGUGGCUUGGAGGACGUGCUGCUGGGGACAGGCUCUCCCUGUGCCCUCUCCUCCUCGGGUCUGGAAUCCGACGGAGGCGCCGCGGCGGCUCUGCCUCCUCGCUUGUCAGUGAGAUUCUGUAGGUUCUGUUUGUGUGCAAGAUUUGAGAAUGCAAACGAGGUGCUUAAAGCAGCCCAGAGGCUAAAAUAUGUAUUCCUGGCAGCUGUGCCUCCCUCGUUUGGAUGUGGCACUUUUUAGGCAGCACAGAGACGCCUUCCCCAGAGCAACGUUAGAGGGGCUCCAGCCCUCUCGGGCCUUUGCCUCUGUGAUUGCUUUUCUGCAGUUCCUGGAAACUUCAGCUAUAACUUAAACAUGAAGAUCUAUUCUUGCUCCCUGUUAAUGUUGCAUCCAUAUGUAAUUUUGAAGAAGAACUGUAAGUCCAUCUGGUUUUUUAUUCUGGUUUCUCUCCCAGGGGAUACACCUCCCGCUCCCACAAUUUGCCUUUGGUUUGCUCGCAGACUUUAGUGGUGGAAUUCAGGCCAAAAUAGGUCAUUGGUUUGGAUCAGUUCAAUAAACUUAUGUAAGUUUUUACACUAAAACCCCCAGUGUCCUGAGCUUUGCACUUCUGUGUCCCCUGAAGCAAAAAAUGUUCCCUGUUGUCACCCCAAAA